CUUGUUUGUCAAGCCCUGUCCACACUUCUUGUUUUGACAACAAAUCAGAAAACAAAAAAAAACUUCAAAAUAUUAUGAUUUUAGUUAGCUUCAAGUUUAGCAUCUCACAAUGGACGUUUGCCGAACCUGUAUGAAGCCCCACCGGAAAAAGCGAAACCGCAAAGUGGUUUCCAUCUUCUCCGAGUUGGAUGGAGCAUUCAUAGCAAACAUAAUCGCGGAUUGCACCGCCGUUGAGAUUAAGGAGAACGAUGUCUUACCAUCAACGAUUUGCACCGACUGCUUCGAAACGGUGAAACUUUUGGCUGCCUUCACGACAACGGUCCGCGACAGCGAUUCUAGGCUCCGUCAGAUGUGUAAAGCGGAACCAGCCGAGGACGAUUUGAAGGACCUGUCCGUUACUCAUUUUCUAGAGGUAAAGUCCGAACCUGCGGAAAGGAUCGUUAAUGAGACCGGGGAGGAGGUUCAGGCUGAUGAUUUUGAGCCUGAAGAUGAUACCGAUAGCGAAUGGGAUGGAAGUGACGAAGAGGAGGACCGAACGGUUAAAAGGAAAAGGCUUGGAUUGAAGUCAAAACCUAAACCUCGGAGAAGAGACGGAAGUCCUCUGCCUAGGACGAGGAAGCGAUAUGCACGGAAACCGAGACCACAUAAAGUCCCUAUUCAAAGCAAGGAAGAUCUGCAACUCAACGAAGAGGAGAGAGAAUUGUUCACGGUUAUUGAAGUUCCCUCAGGAUGCCACGUUUGCUGUGGCUGUUUAAAGAUAUUUGAUUCUGCUGGAGAGCUGGAAGCUCAUCGUAAGCUGACUCACGUUUGGAAGAUGGAAAGCUUGAUGAAACCAAGCUCGAAAAUAGUUUGCGACGGGUGUCUGCAUCGAUACGGUUCCGAAAGUUCUAUGCAAUAUCACAAAAAGCGUGUCCAACUGUUGAAAGUCGUUUGGGAAUGUAACAAAUGCAAACUACGUUUUAAGGUAGCAGCUAAACGGCGGGAGCAUCUCCGACUGCACCCGGAAGACGAACCCGUAGCCUUAAUAGCACGAUUCAAGGAAACGACCAAACAGGAAUUCGGCUGGAUGUGCUGUGCCUUAAGAUGUACGGAAUCCUUCGCGACAGAGCAGGAUUUGCUUACCCAUGCACACGCAGCUCACUGGAUCGACCGGCAAAAGGCCGACCUGGAAGCCGCAGACAAACCGGAACAGUGCCUGGUCUGCUAUCAACGGUUUGCCGAUAGGAGAAAAAUUGUCACACACCAGCGGCGGAAAUACAAGCGGGAAAACUUCCAGUGCGCGCUUUGUGGGCUGAAAUUUAGCACCAGAUCGCAGCUGAACAGUCACGAAGUCAAGGAACACGGCAGUAAGGCGUUCCAGUGUAAAAUCUGCGACAGGAACUUCACCGACAAAUCGAGCAUGAAAAGUCACUUGAAGAACAUGCACACGGAUGAGAAGCCGUACCAGUGUACCGUUUGUGGAAUGACGUUCCGCCAGAAGGGCAAUUUGACCAUUCAUAUGUCCAACCAUGUGGUGGAUCCGCAGUUCAAGUGUGAGGUGUGCUUUAAAAUGUUCAAGGCAAAACUUCAUCUGAAAUAUCACAUGCGAACUCACACCGGGGAGAAACCGUACAAGUGCCGAGUUUGUGGCCACGCUUUUGCCAAUCAUACCAACUGUAGGCGGCAUGAAAUGACUCAUACAGGAGAAAAACCACACAAAUGUUCUUACUGUGAAAAGUCAUUCAGUUUAAAAAGAAUGCUGAUAGAGCAUGAAAGCACUCACACCGGCGAACCAGUGGUCAAAUGCAAAAUAUGCAAUCAACGGUUCGGACAGCAAAGCGAGCUCGAUAGCCACAUGGAGACGAUCCAUACCGUUUGCGAAGAUGGCGAUAGUUAUAGUGUCGAGAACAGUGAAGAACAACCAAUUGCACAACCCCAAUAUAUACAAAUUGUCCAACAAGAGCCUGCUCAACGGGCGCCAAACGUUACUGCGCACACAUCCAGUUUAACAAUCCAGCCUGCAACAGUUGCAAUUUAUAACGUCAUUCCAUCAACUGCGGGGAAGUAUGGUUACGUUUUAAAACUGUGAAAUCAUUUGAUUUCACUCAUCAUCGUUAGGUAUAUUAUAAGCAAAUACAAUGCAAUGCAGCUA